GCGGUAUGAGGGCGAUCCGCUGGUUGUUGUCAGUGUGUCGGUGAGUGUACCAGAGAACAGGAUGGAUCAGACCGAGAGUCCGCCACCAGUGACCGUGGAGGGCGACUGGGGUCCGGCCCAGACCAAGACCGUGAAGAACAAACUAGAGCUUUAUUUCGGGAGCAAGAAGAAGUCGAGCGGGGGGGACUGCCAAGUGGAGCCCGAGGACGGAGCUCCGAGAGCGGCCGUGUACUUCCGAUCAAAGGAGGUAAGAGACCGUGUCAUCGGCAGAAAGAACCAUGAAAUCAUCGUGGGGAAUCAAACUAUCAAGUUACGUCUGAUUUUUGCACCGAGCCCAGAGAACAGUGAUGACGCCUCAGCUUUAUCCCCAGAUUCAAAGACUGGAGCUACUGCAGACAAAAAAGAAGCAGAUGAAAAAACGGAUACAGAGAAGUUGAAGGAGAAGUCCGUUCAGUGCAGCGCUGUGGUGUUGGACAACGUGUCGGACAACAUGUCCAGAGAUCAUCUGUUCAUGUUGGUGGAGAACAUCUCUGGAUUGGACGAGAGCUGCUACAGUCUGGAGAUCAUCUGGGAGAGCAGCAGAGCCGUGAUCAGCUUUAACAAACCUGCAGAUGUGGAGAAGUUUCUCACUGGCAGUCAGUGCAGAGAGAAGCUGCAAAAACACAGACUGACUGCUCGACCACUGGAGGCAGCAGAGAGCGUCCGUGUGGAGAAUCUUCCUCCGACUGCGGUUAAAGACAUGUUGGAGCUGUUUUUUGAGAAGGACUGGACACUGCCUGAUAAUGUCGUCAUGAUCCCAGUUGAACAGGCUGCCAUUGCAACUUUCAAUAACGCCAAAGUUGUGGAAAGCAUUUGCCAUAAACAAGACUAUGCGAUGCGGUCCAUAACUUUCAAGGUGUAUCCGUACUAUGAGUCCCUGGGCUCCGCCUUGUACGGCAAAGAACGACCGACAUGGAAGAUGCCCAAUCCAUUCAGAGAGAGUGUUCAUAAUGUGGUCUGGAGAUUCCUCCGUGAGAAGAAACUGUUUAAAAGUAUCAACGAUCAGAUGUCUUCAUACUUUUGUAGCGUGAAUUUGGAAAACCCUGAUGUAAUACUCAGCCCUCUCCCCAGCCUUUUAAGGCAGAAAGGUCUAACUGCCAAACAUGUAGAUACCUGGAUGAGUACAGCACAACAGGCCUUCCGUCAGCAAAUGUCUCAGUACUCUGCCUUCGAAUGUCAAGUGAAUGCCAGUGCAUGGAAAGCUGCAGAAAAAGAAGUCCGUUUAAUUGUCAAGGAAGAUGUAUUCCUAGUUCUGGAUGCAUCCCGGGGGAUUUUGACUGUGGCUGGCCGAGCUGACGAUAUAAGGCAAGUCAAAGGUCCUGUGGAGAACGUGGUUCUUAAAGCCGUCAGCCAGAUUAAACGGAAGACUGAAAGUGUAUCUGAGUUUAUGGAUAUGUCCCCUGCGAUGUUCUACAUCCUGAAUCAGGAGGGUUUCCACAAAGCUGCCCUGGACAUUUCCCCUGACAUGAAAAUCUCAUUGGAUCAAGGCACCCAGAAGUUAACCAUUACAGGACUACCUGCAGAAGUUUACAAGACUAAGUCAUGGAUCUUGGAGCGUACAGUUGGUAUGAGUAAAAAGCAGAUGAGUAUCCAUCCAAGUCUUUUAGACUUUCUUAAUACAGUGGAUGCCAUGGACAUGUCACAGGACCUGUUCACAUCCCAAGGCAUCGGUGCCUUCUACAGUGUUGAUAGCAAAGGGGUUUUACUGUUGGGGACUUCUGAGAGUGUCCUUGCUGCUGCAGAGAGUAAAAUGAAGACGUCUUUUAGUGUGCAGACUCUGGAUGUGGAAGAUCAAGAAGUUCUUAAACUUCGUAAGUGGCUUGAUCUAAAGCAACAGCUGUUGGACACCUACAACUCCUUAAAGAAGAAAACAGUGGCCAUUCAGAUCCAACCAGACAUAAGAAACAAAAUAACAGUGACCGGCUUCCAGAAUCCAGUGAAAGAGGUUAGCAACACUCUGAGGGAGUUCAUUGUUAACUACUCACAAGUUCAAGAAACCAUUCGAGUCGGGUCCUUUGCUGUUGUUCAGUUCAUUGAGAAUAAAAAAAAACAAGAGUGGCGCAGUAUUGCCACAGAUAAUACUGUUAAAGUCAAAUUUGAUUCCGAGAGACCAAAAAUUACUUUUGCAGGGGCUCGUCUUCAUGUACAGAAAGCCAAAUCCUGCUUUCACGAACUGACUACUGCUCUCUCCACUGACAACUUUGUUGUGGAUAAGCCUGGAGCCAAGAAGUACUUCCAGACUCAAGGAAGCCUGUUCCUUUCUACAAUAAUGAAGGAAUACAGCUGUGUGGUGGUGCUCUGUCCAGAGAAUCAAGAAGAAGAGGAAGAAGAGAACUAUGGGAAAGAAAAAGACCUUUGUUUUUGUAAAGUGAAGACUGCCAAUGGGGUUCUAGUUUCCGUCAGCAAAGCAGACAUCUGUAGCCUGAACAUGGACGCGGUGGUCAAUGCGGCUAAUGAGGAUUUACAGCACAUUGGUGGCGUGGCUAUUGCACUUCUCAAGGCUGCAGGACCAGAACUGCAGAAAAUCAGCAAUGACCAUGUUCAGGCAAAUGGAAAACUUCGCCCAGGUGAGGCCAUCGUAACAGGUGCGUGCAACCUGCCUUGCAAGUAUGUCAUACAUGCCGUCGGUCCUCGGUUCCAUGACUCAGAUAGGAUGACAGCAGUGUGUCGUCUGAAGCUCGCUGUUCAAAACAGUCUGAAACAAGCAGAGCAAGUUAACUGCUACAGCAUUGCACUGCCAGCGAUCAGCUCAGGAAUGUUCGGGUUUCCUGUUGACCUCUCUGCUGACACCAUAGCACAGGCAGUGCGGGAGUACUGUGACCGUCCAGGAGCUCCAGGAUCACUGAUGGAGAUUCAUCUGGUGGACAACAAUGAUAAAACUGUUAAGGUCUUGGCCAACGCUGUCAACAGAGAGUUCAAGGACCUCGGACCCAUUUUGACUCUACCGAAGCUGGCAGGAGGAAGAGGCAUUGGGGCUUCAGGGCAUCAGUGGGGUGGAGGUCAGAGCCAGUCUUUCAGGGGCCAUCAAGUUGCUGAAAGAGGAGGAAAACGCGGAGGUGAACCCGGAAGAGAACACCAAGGAAGACAAAGAGGAGGACACAGAACAGAACACAGAGGAGGAAGUGGAGGAGCACCUUGGGGGACAGCAGCUGGAUUUGAGGGAGGUUUGCUAAGUAACAGAGGAGGUCAGAGCCCCAGGGGACAUGCCAGGUCUGAAGGGCAUGGAGGGUCAGGGAGGAUGGAGCAGACCACAUCUGAGGGUCUUAGGAUUGUUCUGCAGAAGGGAAACAUCGAGGACCAGGCUACGGACGUCAUCGUCAACACCAUCUCAGAGGACAUGAACCUGAACCAGGGAGCUGUGUCCAAAGCCAUCCUGCAGGCGGCCGGACCAGGCCUGCAGGCAGCUGUUCGGACUGAAAGCGGGGCAACUGCGCUGCCAGACGUCCAUGUCUUCAUCACUGAUGGCUUCAACCUCAACUGUCGGAGAGUCUUUCACACCGUUUGCCCUUUUUGGGACAACAGAGCGGGCCAUGCCAUGCAGGAGUUGAUAUCCAUCAUCAGAUAUUGUCUGGAGGAGGCUGAGAAGAAUCAGAUGACGUCGCUGUCCUUCCCUGCCAUCGGCACGGGAAACCUGAACUUCCCCAGAGACCUUGUGUCCAGAGUCCUAUUGCAGGAGAUCCACUCGUUCAGCCGCAGACAAUCCCCACGCUAUCUGAAAAAGGUGGCCAUCGUCGUUCACCCGAGUGACAAGCAAACUACGGAUUGUUUCACCAGGGAGUUCAGUGGCCAGAGUGGUCAGAGCGGUCAGAGCGGUCAGAGUGGUCAGAGAAACAUCCAAUAUGAAGCUCAAGAACCGACCAAGUCACCCGUUAGGCCAGUCAGUCAUCCUCCAAUCAGCCAAUCACAGCAGUCCUCAGCCUCCUUCGGUCAGGUGUCCUCCCCCUCCCUCGGUGUGUAUCAGAUGCAGAUGGGUCAGCUCACCCUGGAGGUGUCAUCUGGAGACAUUACCAAGGAGGCCUGUGAUGUGAUCAUCAACUCCUCCAAUAAGAGCUUUUCCCUUAAAUCAGGAGUUUCCAAAGCGAUCUUAGACAGCGCUGGAUUAACAGUUGAGCAGGAGUGCUCACAGAUCGUGAAUUCUCCGAGUUUUCAGCCUGGUACGUUCGUCUUGACAUCGGCUGGCCUGCUGCCCAGCAAAAACAUCAUCCACAUCAUUGGACAGAAUGAUCCUGGGAAUAUUAAAGACGUGGUUUACUCAGUGCUGAAAUACUGUGAGGAUAACAAGUUCAACUCUGUUGCCUUUCCAGCCCUGGGAACAGGUCAGGGAGGGGCCAGACCGUCGGAGGUGGCCGAUGCAAUGGUGGACGCGGUGGUGGACUUUGUGAGGAAGAAGCAGACGAGGUUUGUUCACAGCGUGAAGAUCCUGAUCUUUCAGACGGUCAUGAUGCCGCUGUUUCACAAGAGCAUGAAGAAGAGAGAGGGGCAGGAUGUGAAGGAGAAGAGCACCUUCACUAAGCUCAAAGACAACGUGACUUCUUUUUUUAUGGGAUUCGUGGAGCAGCGACCCAGCGCUGAUCAUCUGGUUCUGGAGAGUGAGGAGUUUGAACCGACCGUGUUUCAGCUGUGUGCCGACAACGACACGGAUGUGAGACAGGCUAAGAAAAGAAUUGUGGAGCUGAUUGUGGCGGAGCAGGCUGAGAGCAUCAUCACAGACCAGUACAUCAGUCAGCUGUCGCUGUACGACAUGGACCAGCUGAAGGCCCUGCAGAGGAAACUGACCGUUAGCAUCCGCCUGGAACGAGGGCAGGAGGACCAGGAGCCCCACAUCCACCUGGAGGGGCUGACCAGGGACGUGUAUACUGCAGAGUCCGCCGUCAGGGACAUCAUCCGCAAGGUUGAGAGGUCGGAGAUAAGGAAGAGCAAGGCCUUGAUGAUGAGUGGAAACGUGGAGUGGCAGUUUACCUGUCGAGGGAACAUGAAGCCCUUCGACAUCGACACCAACCUCGCCCUGGAGGAGGCUCUGGAGAAAAAGCAGCCGUAUGUAACGAUCAAGAUCAACAACGAGAAAUACCGUGCUGAUCUCAUGAUGCUAAAAGCAGUGUCAGAGAGAGGGCAUAAACAGCUAGAGAUACUGAGAAAAGAUUUGAAAGCUGAUGAUGCCGCACUCCCCUCCCAUUGGGAUGACAUGAAAGGUGAUCUCAUCAAAAUGUUUCCUGUCGCUGCGGGGUCCCAGGAAUACACUGACGUGGAGACGGAGUUAAUAAACACCGGCCUCACUCCCAUCAACAUCAGCAUUGAACGAGUCCAGAACCCGACACUGUGGAAGAGCUACCAGCUGUUGAAGAAACAGCUGGAGGUGAAGAACAAACACAACAACAACGAGAGGAAGCUCUUCCACGGCACCAAAGCCAGCUCUGUCGAUCUCAUCAACAAACAAGGCUUCAACCGCAGCUAUGCCGGAACACAUGGCGCAGCGUACGGCAAUGGUUCCUACUUUGCUGUGAGCGCGACAUACUCUCAGGGCUACGCUCAACCCGACGCCAAGCAACAAAGGCGCAUGUACCUGGCCAGGGUUCUGGUGGGGGACUUCACCCCGGGAAAAGGCGGCAUGAUCACGCCCCCCUCAAAGAGCUACAGCAAUGCUACAGACCUGUUCGACAGCGUGACAGACAGAAACUCCAAUCCAACCAUCUUUGUAGUAUUCAAUGACAGCCAGGCGUACCCAGAAUACCUGAUCACAUUCACCUGAUUGGAUGCCAUGAUCACAUUGUGCCACAGCUGUUCUAGCAUAGCUUUAAUAUUAGUUUUCUUGGCUGCAACAACUAUUUGAUACCUAUAUAACACAUUGCAUGUUAGAAGUGCUUGGUGCCAUUUGCUUUAUUGAGAUUAAAGUUUAAAUAAAAGGAUAGUUAUCAAUAUUUUCAAACUGUAAUUUCCUUAAUAUUUGUCACAUUUGGUUUGUUGCUCUGUAAUGUAGUUUUUAAUUGGUUACAAAUGUCAUCCUUGUCUAAUUUACAGAAAGAUUUAGAGAAAGUUUUCAGGUGAGCUUUCUUUGGAAAUGUUUUCAAAAGAUAACAUGUGGUUUUAUAAGAGAUGAAAUGUGAAAUGGAUAGCUACCACCUAACUCUGCGCGAGUUAGCUAGUAGCUGGUCAAUUCACAUUUUAAUGGAUAUAUUCAAGCGUGUUAACUUUGAAUGCAGCUUUACUUUGAAGAGAUAUUUUGGUCCCACAUUGUCAAGACUCAAACAUGUCAAACACUAUUUGAUGGAUAGUAAUGACGUUUUCUACAAACAUUCAUAUUUCUCAGGUUUUACAUUUAAAUUAGUUCUAUAACUCGUUAUCUGGCGAUCAUGAGGUCCACAUUUUAGAACAAUCAUUUUGUCAAAUACAUAUUUUAAUGACCAAAAUAAACAUUUUAGCAUACUGAUAUUAGCAUUUAGCUCAAAGUACCACUGUGUCUUACGAAUUCUGUUUUAAAACCUAUACAAAUUAAAAGAACAGUGUAAUACUUAAUUUGCAUUUAAUGGAGUUCUAUCUAAUAAAGUCCUAUUCUGGACGCUAUGGGUAAUACUGUCCUCUGCUGGGAGUCUCGUGACAUUAAAAUGAUCUAAUUCUGACAAAAUCUUGACAUGAUUGUUGGAGCACAAAAAUCCCAAAUAAAAAAUGUCAAACACA